UUUUCAGUCUUAGUGAUCAUUUAUUGUUGUGGAAAUAUGUGGACUUUAUUUUGGAAAAAGAUGAAGUAUUAGGUGUAAAAAUUUUUACAAAUCGUCCAUCAUCUGAACCUGUAACUGAAAGACUGCGACCUGAUUUUAUAGUAGAAUAUUUACAUCGAUAUCCAGUGGCUUUGAUUAAAUAUCUAGAAUAUUUAAUAUUUGUAAAGAAAAUAGAAAAAGAAAAAUUCCAUACACAUUUGGCUGUUAUGUACAUGGAUUCUGUUCUGCAAAUCUUGAAAUUUCCUGAACCAGAGCAGAGUGAUUUAAAUGAUUCUAGGAAAAGACUUCAGCAUUUUUUGCAUUUAUCGUCAUUGUAUAGAGUUCAGUUACUGCUGGGUAAAGCUAUAGAAAAUGAUCUCCACCAAGAGUGUGCAAUUCUAUAUGGAAAGCUUGGAGAACAUGAAAAGGCGUUAAAAAUCCUUGUUCAUCAAAUACAAGACCAUGAAGCUGCUGAAGAUUACUGUAUAAGAAUGUCUGUUGGGAAAGAUAAGAAAUACAGGCAUUGGUUGUUUUAUAUAUUGCUUGGAGUAUACCUGGAUAACACUUUAGAUGAGCAUUACAAAGAAGAAAUGCUACCUGCAGCUAUCCAGCUUUUAAACAGUGAAUUAGCAGAAUUUGAUGUUACAAAGGUUCUUCAUCUUAUUCCAUCACACUGGUCAAUAGCAAUUUUAGACCAGUUUUUGAUCAAAGCUCUGCGUUCUAGAUUGCACCAACGAUAUUGUUGCAGACUUCAGAGUGCUCUUUCUCGGGGAGAAAAUUUGCUUGUCAAAUUCUCAAAAAUUCACAUGGAAAGUUCUUCUGUAUUGAUGACUGAGGACAGGAUAUGUGCUGUGUGUAAGCGCUCAUUUGUGGAGCCAUCUUUUGCAAGACAUUCCAAUUCAGCCAUAACUCACUUACAAUGUGCCAAACAUCUUAGUGUAACAGUGGAAUCAUCGAAAUUAAAGACAGUUCAAUCAAAUAUAAGAUGAUAUAGAAAGCAACUUAUAGUUGUUAAAGCCAUAUGUAUACCUAUAAUAUAUAUAUGUAUGUAUCUAUGCAUAGAUAAGUUUCAGUUUUUUAUACUGUAUAAUCACUGCUUUAAAUACAUAUUUAUUUUCUUUUGAAUACAUACAUAAUCCUAAGCUUAUCAUAUUACAAAUAAUUGCAAUAAAAGGAAGGAUAAUUGUUUUAAUGAUUAAUGAAAAAAGAUGCUGAAAUACAUAUUGUGAAUUUUCAUUUUUAUAAACCUUUAUGUGAUAAAUCAGUAUUAAAAAUAAUGUAAAUUAAAUUGUAUAUAAAAAUGA